GUUUGUGUUUUGACCAUAGCUGAGUAUAAUUCAUAGGUUAAUGACCCGGGUGAUAUCAUGUGAUCCUUCUUUUCUCCAGAAGUCCCAACCAGUUGACUACUUCAAAAUGGCGUAUGUCCGUUUGCAGACUUUGUUAAAAUGAGCUUUCCAUUUAUCACUGAGCAGUUCACUAAAGCUAACAUAAUCUAAAUGUAAAGGCAUGGCGUCAAAUCGGGACAUCACAGAAUACAGCGUCGAUAUGUAGAGUUACUUGUUUUUCAUUUAUUACAGAACUGUUUUACUGCAUCAUAAAUAGUUUUACUGAAACUGGACUGAAUUCUCAAAUCCGCAUAGACACCGUGGUCAGGUGAUCUGUUUACUACUAGAGAACCGAGAAGUUGGUCUGCUUUUUCCCUAAGGGACAUUUUGGAGUAAUUAGCUUGCUACAAUGUUUCGACCCAAUUAAUUUGGAUCGCACGAAAAUGACCAACUUCCAAAGCCUUGAAAGAGGCACGACGUUUUCAGCUUUGGUCCUGCUCUGUCCUUUAAUGGCAUGCCAGAUAGGCUUCGCUCCACCUUCAGUCAACAUUAACUUGAAUGAACCUCCAGAAGUGCGAUGGGCACCGCUUUUGACAGUGUACGAUGCCGACUACUUGAAAAAAGCAGCUGCUGAAGUAAUCGACACAACAGUUCCAAAGUGGGUGCAUCAUGCGGUAGCUCCAGUUGUGGAAGCUUUGGAAAAGUACUUACCUCCUCCCUAUGCAGGGGAAAUCCGAGGACUGGCCUCGCAUUUUGGAGGCAGCCUAACAGACAUCAUCCUUCUCAACUUUGCCUAUGAAAUAUCUGCGUUUUGCACUAGUAUUGUAGCACAGGACACAAGUGGAAGGUUGUACCAUGGCAGAAACCUUGAUUACCCACAUGACGUUCUCAGGAAUCUUACCAUCAAUAUUCUCUUUGUCAAAAACGGAACGGUGGCUUAUCGUGGUACAUCAUUUGCUGGCUAUGUUGGGCUAUGGACUGGACAGAGUCCAAAUAAGUUCACCAUCUCUGGUGACCAGCGAGGUAAAGACCACUUGUGGGAUUGGUGGAAGAACUGGGUAUCGGCUUUUCUGCUCAAAAGCUCUCCAGUCAGCUGGCUACUAAGAGAGACUUUGGAGGAAGGAGCCAAUUUUCAGGAUGCUGUGUUGCGACUGGCUAAGAUCCCCCUCAUUACUAGUGUGUACUACAUUGUUGCUGGGGUUAAGCCUGGGGAAGGCGUUGUAGUCACCAGGAACAGGAAUGGCCCGGCUGACAUCUGGCCUCUGGACCCAUUGAAUGGAGGGUGGUUCCGAGUGGAGACCAACUUUGAUCAUUGGGUGACCCCUGCUGCUAAGGACGUACGCAGAGAUACAGCCAACAAAGCAUUAAAUGCAACUGGACAAGAUAAUAUCAAUAUGGACACCUUGUAUAAGGUUCUGUCAGUUUAUCCAGUAUGUAACAGUAUUACUGUUUAUACCACAACAAUGAGUGCAGCCAGCCCUGAAAAAUACAACAACAUGGUCCGACCAAAGGGCUGCCAUGGCAAUGAAUGAAGCUGAGUUGUGAACCAGAGAAUUGGCCAAAAUGGGCAGACCAGGCAUCACCAUGGGAAGAUGUUUUCAUGUGGUGAUGCUGAUGGUUGCUGAACUUACAGCAGUGACCUGCGAAGGAAGCAAAUUCGUUGUGGAUAAAACAAAGCUCAAACUGAGUUGAGAAUCUUGUCAGGGGGUGUUUAGGGUUUAAAAGAAAAGUGUGUGUGUGUGUGUGUGGGGGGGGGGGUGCUAUAAAAGCAGGCAUUUUCUGCUUUCUAUGUGACAUAAAUGUGUACUGUUUGUGAGUACAUGGGUGACAGCUUUUAUUAAUCAUAUAUUUUAGAGUAUGGUCAUGAUUAAUAUUAAGCAAUAAAGGCCUUUUAAGUUUGAUUAAUUAAUGCAAUAUACUACACUGACCAAUGUAUACAAUUACAAAUAACAUUUUAAAAAUAACAAACCUUUUAUUAAAAAUCAAAUGUCUCUUGUGUUGAGCUACUGUUAAUGUCACUAAGUAAUGAGAGCUCACACCUUCUUCCACAGUGAGGAGAGGGCCGAUUCUGAGAGUGGAAAUGUUCAUUUCUGUGUCUGUUUGAAAGAUGGAUACUUUGAUUAAACAUUGAUGGUGAAGGAAAUUA